AUUUCUCUGUCAUCUUCAGAAUUCACAGGUCGCCAGGCACGCGCGCUGUACGAUUUCACGCCCGAGACGGAGUAUGAAAUUGGCAUGAAAGCGGGCGAUGUGGUAUGGGUGCAGUACAGACAAUGCCCGGGCUGGUUGAUUGCGGAUGUCAUGGAUGAAACGGGCCUCGUACCGGAGUCCUAUGUUGAGUUUAUCUGA